CAAACAUACCCUAGCAACGGAAUUAUCCAAACAAAAGAAAACAGAAAACCAGCGGGAGCAGAAACCUCAAAAAAACAGACACCAAAAUCCCAAAAUCAAUCGUUAAUUGCCAAAACCCUAGCAAAGAGCAUUCGAAUUCGAUGGCGUCAUUUGCUUCUGCAACUGUUCCGUUGAACCAAAUUUUCCGAAUUUCCCCUACUACCACCUCCCCUUCUUGCUCAAUUCCUAGUUUCAGCCACAGUGUGUCGAAAUCGAUCCAAAGUUUAAGUUUUUGCAGAUUAAGAAGCGUCGAAUUGAGUAGAGUCUCUUCUUUGCCGAGAAAUCAAGGGGUUUGGGAAGCUCCUGAUGACGGCAGCGGCAGCGAUUACGACGAAGAUGAAGAAAAUGACUUGGAUUUUGAGAGCGAUAGGGAAGAAGAAGAAGAGGGAGAGAGAAUUUCUUCAGAUACUGCUUCUUUUAAUGGCGAUAAGCCUGCUGCAGCAACAACGGAACAGUAUGAGGAGGAUCUUCAGAAAGAGAUUGAACAGCUUUUGGAACCAGAAGAAAGAGACAUUUUGAAACAGAAUGCUACUCCCAACGUCGAUAGAAUAUCAACGGCGAAAUGGAACCCUCUCCAUUCCCUUGCACUUGCUGGACAGAUUCAUCACAUGGACAUGCUACUUGAGAAUGGGCUUCACAUUGACCUUGUUGAUAAGGAUGGUUUGACUGCUCUUCAUACAGCAAUUAUUGGUAAAAAAGAGCCCGUCAUUAGUCAUAUUUUGAGAAAAGGAGCAAACCCUAAUGUUGCAGAUCGGGAUGGUGCUUCCCCACUUCAUUAUGCAGUUCAAGUGGGAGCCAUGCAAACUGUGAAGUUAUUAAUCAAGUACAAUGUGGAUUUGAACGCUGCUGAUAAAGACGGAUGGACUCCAUUACAUAUUGCUAUCCAAAGUCGAAAUAGAGAUAUAGCGAAAGUCUUACUUGUCAAUGGAGCAGACAAGACCAGAAGAAAUAAGGAUGGGAAAACACCCCUUGAUCUUGCCUUAUGCUAUGGGAAGGACUUCAAGUCUUAUGACCUUGCCAAGUUACUGAAGCUUGUACCAGCUAACAGAAAUAUGUGAAUAGCAUUUUGCCAGGCCCAACUUGGGGGUAGUAAAGAACUCAGAGCCAAUACUCCAUCCUGUUUGGGUUUUUAAGAGUGAUCUUGCUUUACCAAGAUCCAAAUCAUAUGGGGAUGCCUGCAAAUUCGCUGUAUCUAGAGGUGCAACUAGUAAAGUUUUGUAGCUUUACACCACCGGUUUUUGGGUUUCAUCCUCGACAUUUUUGCGUUUCUGAAGGACUUCAAUUCUGAAUCCGAGGCUCAGCUUAACAAAACCUGGCUGGCUAGAUAUAUCAAGAGUAAGCAUUGUUGCCAGUCUCUUCUUGGUGUUCUCUGAAUUUGAUGUCUUCUGCUUCCAUGAUAAUUUUUGUGUUCUGUAGAUGUUGAAGUUCAAGAGGAAUUGGAUGAGAGCAUAUGCUUGAAAGUAGCAAUCAGUUGGCAGAAUCGUUUUUGACAUAUGUUCUUGUUAUCAACGGGGCCUAAACUAUUUGGUUGCAUAGUUUGGUUCAUUUGUUAUACCGAAGCAGUGGAAAAAGAAUUCAUGUAGCUGACCCCAUGAAAAUGGGGCGAACUGAGCUCAUGCUCUUUUUCAUGUCCGUUACGUGGUUUUUUAGGCCAGUGGUUUCUUUAGCUGCUGCGAAGUUUCUUUGAAAUCCUCUCACCAAUCUACCAAUCUCAUUAUUUGUAUGAAAAUUUGUCGAAGAAUUAUCUUUUUGUUUAUUUUAUAUUUCAUACAUGGGUUGC